AGUAUGCUGAGAGGAACGUCAUCCCUCGGGACCCACUCUUGAAUUUCGCAUAAGAAAAUUCAAGAUGGUGGAGGCGAUGAAGGAUGCGGCCUGAUAGCCGAGCGAGUGGAGGCAUUAAGGUUAAAUGAAACAUGAGUGGCACGGUUCAGCAGAUUACUCUGAAUCCAGGCAUCCCCUACUUCCUAAGAGUUGACUGGGCUGUGGACCUGGGUGCUGGAUUCACAUUAGCUCUCACUGACGGAAGCUCAGCAUGGAUCGGGGAAGUUUCAGAAGAUGAGGUUACAAGAGAAGCCAAUGAGAUGGGAGUCAUAAGGGAGAAAUAUGUUGAAGAUCUUCUUCAAGCUCUAACAAAAUGUGAAGAAAGAGUGGGAGUAAAACGAAAUGGGAAAGAGAAGUAUUCUUUUUUCCUCUCUUCGGAUCACAAUCUUCUUUCGUAUCAGAAGAUCUGCAACAACAUUUUGAUACACUUGGGCUCUGUGGAGCUUCAGCCAGCACCAGACUCUGUGGAGCUCAUCCGGGAGAUGAUCGGGAAGUCUCUGCAGCACAGAGCAGAUCUGGAGACAGAAAGUUCAAGGCUGUCAGAGGAGAACUGUACACUGCGACGGGAUCACCAGCGUAUACUGAAAGAGCUGGAGCAGCAGGUUAAGGAUAAGGAGAUGUUAGAAAAGGAAAUAUAUUCGCGUUUUGUCAUGGUGUUAAAUGAGAAGAAAGCGAAGAUCAGAGGACUGCAAGAGACUGUCAAACAGCUCAGCCACACUGAUCAGCAAAAAGAGGAUGAAAGAAGACAAAGUGACGGUGGGGCCUCUCAGAGUGAAGACGGUGGACAUCCCUCUCAGGAGUCAACUAUUCUCAUAAAAGGUUGUAGUUUAGUUUCACAAGGCAUCCCUAUCCAUCAAAGUUUUUCUGAUGAUGAAGAGAGAGAGACAGAAGAGACGGUUGCUUCAUAAUCCUAACACAGACUGCUCUGAAGAUCAAUAACAUUAAUGACUGAAUGUGAACACAGGACCUUCACAUGCUCUGCAGUAUCUUUGGGAACUGUUUGUGUUGCUGCAAAUAAAAUGGAAAUGGCAGGUAAUCUAGAAACAAAUGAUGUAUGCAGUUUUUCAUUAUUUGGAUUUACUUCCUGCCUGCUACUAAAAUAUUGCUGCCACUCAGGCUCUGUGCUGUUUAAGAAUGAAGAAUCAAGUUCAGAAAACUAACAAACAAAGGCUUUUUUGUUAGUGUUUUUUUGUCCUGCUUUUCUUUUCUUUGUUUAUUAAAAAUAUUAUAAAUGCUGUAUGUUGCAUUUAAACACUGUAAACUAGCACUUUAUCAAAGGUAAUUUGAACUUAAUCUUUUUGCUUGUUUUUACUUGCCCUUUUUAUUUUCUGGAAAUGUAUGACCAAAGCAACUUGGUUGUCUCCAUGGAGUCAUUGGGGGGAUGUUGUUUCUCAUUGUCUUAAUUUCCACACCUUGUGUUUUAGCUCAGCUACCAGUUUUGGUAGCUGAGUUACUGUACUUGCAUCUUUACUUUGGGGCCAAUGCACCAGCCUUCAGGUUCUUUAUCUCACCAUUCUGCCUUCGGCUUUUAGAUCCUCUUGCAGUCUUUUGUCAUUUUGAUGAUACCUUUUUGUCUGCUUAAAUCCACGGGUGGCCGCCUGGUUAAUCCUCCUGCAACACGUUCUUGCGGGUGCUGUAAUCCCCACAAGAAUGUUCCACUCUCUCCUCUGCACUCCACAUGAAUUAGGUAUUUUACAAAGGAAAGUAGAGAGCUGUCAGAGGUUAAUUUACAGAUGAGUGCAGUACAAGAUGAUGAGACAAAGUGGGGACAACGUGGCUGCCACUCUGAAUAUGUUGGUGGUUUUAUUCUAAAUUUUACUUUAUAGUUUGAUUUCACAUAACUUUUGUUUGCGCCAGCUUGUGUGGCAUCGUGAAAUCGACUAGAAGAAACAUGCUUGAAUUGUUGGAGGAGCUGAUGUGACAGGUUGUUGUACUAUCUGGAUAUAUAGUUAUAGUAAAAAAGUGGCAUAGCCCUUAUACGGUUCUAUUGUAAGCUACCUUCUAAUGUUUUAGAACAAAAAAACCCCAUGAGGUCUUUGUCAAAUUCUGCAGUUGUUUGAUUAUUACCUCAGAAGUAGAAAAACACAAAAGUUUCUAAACCGUUUAGAAAAGAUCGACAGGAUGUUUAGAGAAAUCUAAGUACAACCUUAGAGCUUUCAUAUGAUUUGAAAGGUAAAGGAGCCACCAGGAGCCGCUUAUCAAAUGUAUUUGAUUUGCAUGUGUGGCCGCCUCUGAAAACAGAAGUUUUUAAGGUCAGUGGCAUACAGCUGAGUGCAAAAGUUAGAAAACAUGUUAUCUUUUGUACAAGAUUUUAGUUACAAUGUUCUAUAUUGCAAGUCACGUAAAAUACUUUAGGAUUGUGGUAUUCAGUGGUUAUGUACAGAUAUCUUCUCGGCAAGUUUGGCAUUUAAAAACAACUUUUGAGCCCCGAUGGUGUCUUUCCAAGGGCAAUCUAUAUCCUUCAACUGAACACGUGCUCUUGCAGCUGGAGGGGUUAAUGAUGUUCAAGGAAAAGUAAAGACGGCUGAAGCAGCCUCAUAUUAAGCAUUCAGUCACUUACUUAUCAUCGUCAUUCACUUAUCGAGUGCACCUGUAGAAUUCCCAUCAUCCAGAGAAAUGACAGGAGCCUUCCUGUUUUUCCUGCCACAGAGUUGCAAUGAGACAGACCCGUCUUUGUCUCAUGCUGGGCUGCUCAGGACUCACCGCUCUCCACCUUGAAGUGUAAUGUCUGAAACAACUUGGCCUCAUAAAAACAGUUCUUGAAAACUGAAAAUGACAGCUCACUUACUAAGGUCUAUCAACUGCACCACAAAGCAUAAGAAAUGCAAGCCGUUCCCUUUUAGAGUUCAUAAUAGACCAAUUACCACAGUUAUUUGUUUAUAUUGGAGUAAAAACUUUCCCCUUUUAAAAUGUCUAAGUUUUGUUGGACUGGAUGUGUCUGCCUCUGUUACUUCCUCCUGGUUUUCUAUGCAGUGGUCUAUCCUUAGCAUCUUAUUGUCUGAAUCAGAUUCUGUGUGUUAACAUAUUUCUUAGCUCAUAAGACAGACACUGGUGCAUAUAAAAUAUGAGCAUUGCUCAUAUUGCUGCAGCUGCUGUCUUUUGCUUCAUGCUAUUCCAAACUCAUAUGAUGUAGCACAUGAGUAUGGCAUAUGGCCCACUCAAUUCUAUACUACCUUGAGUUGAUGGUGGCUACAGGGGACAGCAUCUCCCAUUUUGUUCUAGAUACUGUCAGUUGAUUGUGAGAUGUAAUAAAUGCAUGUAGAUCAAAAAUGACUGAAUGAAUCUGAAAGUGGCCUUAUUUACACCUUUUAAAUGUAAACUUUCUAAGAUAGUGUGAAUAACACUGUAUUGUCUUAUGAAUAUUCCCAAAACUCUUAAGUGUGCUUUGCUUUACAAUCUUGUUGUUGUCCCUUUGGUACAACAAUAGGGAUUUUUUUCUACUGUUAUGUUUUUUUUCUUUUACUUAACUUUCUUUAACAAUACUUGAAUAAUGACUCUUGUAACAUUUUUCUUCUGUAGUAAAAAAACUUACGAGCCUUGGUCUCUGUGUGAAGGGCCAUGGUGACUGUCUGGUGGACAACUGGAUAUUUCCCUAGUCAUAACACAGUUAUAACAUAACAUUUUUCUAUGUCAAUCUCAUUUAUUCAAUUUCCACAGAAACUGAAUCCUGGGUUUCUAACCCACAACUGUCAGAUCUGUACAUUGAAAUAUAUUAAUUUGUAAUUAAUCUAUGUAAUACUAGUUUACUAUUUCUGAUAAAUUAACUGUUCAAUGUUAUUCAUUAUGAUGCAUCUGUGAGCAGAGUAGCGUCUUGGGUGCCCUCACACAAGUUGUCAUUCAUACUAAAACUAGCGACAGCACCAGUCAAAGCUUCUUUUGUUGUUUGAAUAACGUACAAAUCCCCAAUCAUUUCCUUCUUGCUUCAAUGGUUUUCAAUAGCUAGUGGCAAAGAGUAACCCCCUCUGUUCCGACGUGCUCGUUAAAACAUCCUUUUGAUCAGCACAAAUACCGAGUGGAUUUUCUUAUAGCUGUUGGUGUUAACUGAUUGUCUAAUUAUUUGAAUUAAUCCAAAGACUAAGCAGAUUUGAAGAGCAUAGUCAUAGAACAUUAAGUAUAUAUAUAUAUUAAGAGCACACAGAAUGUAGUGAUCAGGAGCAUCAAAUGUCUGACAAAAUUAAGGUUUUUCUGAUAAUCCAGCUUUACAAGUAGUUCAUUAAGUUUGUAAGGAAUUGCAACAUUUAUGGCAUAAAAAUGUCAAAUGUAUGAGAACAUUUUACUUAUGAAUUUCCAGAGAUGUACAGUAACAACUAAGCUUUUAUAUGCAACCCAAGCCUAAACUUUAUGCAGCUACUCAAAAUGGUAUUCAGAAAAUUGGAGCUGAGAAAUCCAAGACAAUUUUCCACAAAUUACUUAAUUUUCUCUCAUUGCUGAGAAUGGUUUACACCAUCAUUUUGACUUCCUCUUGGUCAAAGACCAAAGCGUCAUCAAGCUAUCCACAAUGUGUUCCUUCGUGUUGACUCACUGGCAGCCUGGCUUCAAUAACUUGUCUGCAGUAUUUAAUCUACAGUGAGAGGAACAUUACCCAAGAAAGUUCUGCCAUACAUAUUUAAUCUUUUGACUUAUUGUCAUGUUUAAGUUUUUGCCAGGUUUUAUUGUUGAGAGUUCUUUGCUUUGUGUUAUCCUUGUUUUGCUGCCAUAAUUUCAACAUAUCUUCUCAUUUUGAUAAUUGCCAAACACAGUAAUUAUUGUAUUGUGUUGUGCCAGUUUGUUUGUUUUACUCACCCACUGCUGUUGCUCACAUUUGCUCUGUUGAAGGAUAUUUUGGAACAGUC